AUGACCUUGACUUCUGGCGACAAAGAUCCCGAGUUCUCCUCUAUCAAGUCGGAACCACCUCUCCGUCCAGUCUCCCCUGCUACCAAAGCAUCCAACAGGUUUGCCACCGACAGUGAUAUUGAGACUCUCGGGAAUGCCAAGCAGCAAUUGAUCAACCUCCAAACCUCCUCUUCAGCUUGUCCUACAACCACGAAGAACAGCAGGGGAAGAGAGGCCAAACCUCUUCCUCUUCCAAAAAUGGACGUUCCCAAAAGGCAAAAAGAUGAAUUAGCAGAAAAAGGAAUAAAAGUCGACGACAAAUACGAUGAUCCCAAAGCGGAUCUCAUACUCAUCUCUUCGGAUGGAAUUGGGUUCAAGGUUCACUCAAUUUAUGUGAGAGCGGCAAGUAAGAUCCUCAAUGACAAAUGCCUUGCACUCGUCUCUUCCUUGUCCCCCAAUCCCACCAUCCAAUUCGAUGAUCCUUCAAUCGAAAGGGCAACAACCAUUCGAUUCCUCCUGGAUUUCCUCCAUGGCGAUAUACCGGAACCCAAACACGAACUUCUCGGUAUCUUCCGUCGAGCGAUCCUUCUUGCCCAAAAAUAUGAAUGCAACCUCGUCUUAUCGGCCAUGAAGAAUCUCGCCAAAACCUAUCACCAAAAUGGAGAAAUCCCAUUCUUCAUUUUUGUUCUCGGAGCCAAUUUGGGCGAUGUUCAACUCUGUUGUAAUGCUAUCAUGGAUGGGGACGAGUCCCCUGAAAGUGAAACGGAUAACCCUCCAGAAUGGUACGAUCACGAUGGAGAUGAUGAUGUUGAUGAGGGAGAUCUCGAUGAAGAUGAUGAUGAAGAUGAGUUUGUGGAUGAUGAUGAUUCCACUAUGGAUCCUACUACUUGGCAUACACAAGAUAUUCAACAUGUUCCUGCAAAGUACCUCGCCGGACUUCUCAGAGCAUCCAGAGUUAGAAAUCAACCUGGUAAAGAUUGGUACGAUGUCGCUCACAAAUUCGAAGAACUCAUGUCCCCGAUCCAACAAGUAGAUAAACCCAUCAAGCACGAAGAAAAGGAUGGGAAAGAGAAGGAAUCUGUGGCGAAAAAAGAGAUCAAGGAUAAAAAAGAGAUCAAGGAUAUCAAAGCCAAACCGGUAGCUGAGGGUGAUACCAAGAAGAAAAGAGAUGCAAAGGAGUCGAAGUCGAAGAAAUAG